AUGCGGAUGUGGCUGCUGCUGCUGCAGACCUUGCUGUUGCUGCUGCCGCCCCUGCUGCUGUUGCCGGCCCUGCUGCUGCUGUUGCCGGCCAAAAUGCUGCUGCUGCCGCUGCUGCAAGUGCUGCCAAUGCUGCACCUGCUGCAAAUGCUGCCGUUGCUGCUGCUGCCGACCAUGAACCUGAAGAUCAAGCUCGCCGACCAGAUCGAGAAGGCCCAGCGCGAGUCGGCCCUGCCCCAGAUCACCUUCGUCCCAUCGGCCGAGGAGAAGUCCGCUGUCGUCUCCGCCGAGCAAGAGGUUGCCAAGGUCGUCGAGGAAGUCCCGAAGUUCGAGGAAACCAAUGUCAACUCCGACUCCCACGAACACUAC